UGUCCGAGCGCACAUAAUGCGCACGCAGGCGGGGGGGCCUUCGGAUCCUGCGUCGGCCGCUGCUCGGGUCUUGGCUGCGAUUGGGUGUCGGACACAAGACAGGGAGGGGGUUUCGCUUCUCUGGACGUAUUUCGAUAUGAGUAAAGGCGAUGUACAGACAAUAGGACGGCAGAACCAAACGUGACAGGGGUAGCAGCCUGUACUUGUGCUAGAGAUGCGAAAUUACGCUCGUCUGGAUUUGAAUCGCCGCCAAAAUCUGAACAAUGCAGAGCUGAAGAAAAAGCAUUCAGUUCUUCUUGCAUCAGAAUAGUCUUUUCCGUCAGCAUAAUUUUUGUCCUCUCCUAAAUUGACAGACGGUUACAGGGAUUGCAUGAAUUACGAACUGAAAGCUCCGCCAGCCUUCAGCCAAAAUGAGCUCCUCUCCCAUGCCCAGCCGCACUUCCCCUGACGUCCUAGAGGAGCUGCAGCUCCAUGCCGCUCAGAACCUGGAGAAGGUGGAGAUCAGUCGGUACUACGAGGUCAUCCGGGAGCUGGGCAAGGGCACCUACGGCAAGGUGGACCUGGUCGUCCACAGAAUCAGGGGAACGAAGAUGGCCCUGAAGUUCCUCUGUAAGAAGACCACCAAUCUGCGCAGCUUCCUGCGAGAGUACAGCAUCUCGCUCUACCUGUCGCCCUGCCCCUUCAUCAUCGACAUGCUGGGCAUCGCCUUCCAGACGGACGAGUACUACAUCUUCGCGCAGGAGUACGCUCUAGCCGGGGACCUCUUCGACAUCAUUCCUCCGCAGGUGGGGCUCCCUGAGGUGGUGGCGAAGCGCUGUGGCCGGCAGGUGGCCGUCGCCCUGGACUACCUACACUGCAAGAAGCUGGUGCACAGGGACAUCAAGCCCGAGAACGUGCUGCUCUUCGACCGCGAGUGCCACCGGGUCAAGCUGUCCGACUUCGGCAUGGCGCAGUGGGCGGGGGCGCCGGUGAGGCGCGUGAGUGGCACCAUCCCGUACACGGCGCCGGAGCUGAGCCAGGCAGCGCCAUGGCAGGGCAUCUGCGUCGACUACAGCCUGGACGUGUGGGCCUUCGGGGUCCUGCUCUUCUGCACACUCACCGGAAACUUCCCCUGGGAAGCAGCUCUGCCCUCUGACCCCUUCUACCAGGAGUUCCUGCGUUGGCAGCGCCGCCCCAGUCCCGCUCCCGUACCCACACAGUGGCGCCGCUUCUCAGACGAGGCUCUGCACACGUUCCGCCGCCUGCUUUCCCCAGAGCCGCCGUGCCGCUGCGCCGCCAGAGACGUGCUGAGCCAGCUGGGAUGUCGCUGGACGCUGCCGGAAGGUUCUGGAGAGGAUGCCCGCGAUGCUCGGGCCGAGCCGGGAUCGCCGCCCCCGGAGGAGGAGCAGCAGCUCGUCGACCGGAUGAAGCAGCAGACGCUGUCGCCGGCCGCAGAUGAAGAGGAGGAGGAAGAGGAAGAGAACCAGGCGGUGGUUGCUGUGGAGACCGGAAGCCGCGUCCUCUUGGCUGCGCCCAUCGAGAUUUGCGUAUCCCAUCAUUCUCGCUGAAGCUUAGAUUUAGACUGGCCGACGGUCCCGUCAGGAACGCCGUCCCGCUGGAACAGAGCAGCGCCGGGCCACACAGCAGCCGGACCCUCCGCGGGAUGAGCCGGAGAUCAGCUGGCGAACGCGCCCCUUGUCGUCAGAACCGGGCCAGAUCCACAAACCGUCCCUAACGACAUCCAUCUGUUUCUUCAAAAACAUGAGGAUCAACGAAGAGAGGAUGUCGGCAUCGCCUGACCGGUGAAGGGAACGUGACGGGGAGUGUCUGUGCGAACGUCCCGCCAGAUGUGAUCCUGUAUCACGUCUGCCGUACUGUAUUUGUGAACGUCGUUUUUAAUGAAUUAGUUUUAGAUGAGUGAUUAGAUGUGUGGAUCAUUGACUGUAGAGGCAGGAGAGGCACUGGGAAGUGGGUCACACAGAGGUCAUCCCAACUCAUGGUGGAAUAGUACUAUAUUAGUUUAUUAGCAACCUUGGGGCUAACGUAGGUCCUACACACCAUACCUGUGUGAUGUGCUUCUGUCCAGGUCUUCCUUUCAAGCCAAAUCCUGAUAGUUUUGGACAGAAGUCAACAGCCGUCCUUGUCCUGUGUGACACUGACUGGCUUGUGCUGCUGAAGGGGGCGUCCGACGUCACCCAGAUUGGACGAGAUGUUCAGUUCCAGGUGCUGGGUCUGACGUACAUUCUCACAAAUCGUUUUUUUUUUUUUGUUCAUUUCUAAUUGUCUGUCAGUCAGGGAUUUUACAAGAUGGAGGAACGUCUUUCAUGUUUAUUUCAAGAGCAAAGCUGGAACUCAAUUGGUGUGACGAGUGUUUGGCAAAAGCACAUUCCUGCAGUUAUAUCCUGCAAACAAGGUUCUUGCUAGGAUUUUGAUUAGAGUGAACAAGACGUUUAUAUUUUGUGGUCUAUAUUUGUAUGUAUCCUUUCUUGUGACUAAGCAAACCAGCUGAGUAAGGUUUUUGCAAAGGAAACGUGAGAUUGUGGUGAUUUUAAUGGUAAUCAAUCAUUAACGGGUACCUUGUUACAGAACAAUUUUCCGUAGUGAGCAUAUUGACAGUUUGUUUUUUUAAAUGUAAGAUCUGUUCUGAGAAAGUUCAUUUUCAACAGUGAAAAACAUUACUGCCCUGUUGCAUUAAACAAACCCACAAAUGCAGAUUGUGCCAGAAAUAAUUUGUGUGUUGUGUUUUCCAGACGUAACUGCAUGCAUUCCAAAUAAAGCUUUGCUGCUGCAA